AUGCAAGAAGAUGAGUAUGAUUACCUGUUUAAGCUUGUCAUGAUUGGUGACUCUAGAGUUGGUAAGACUAACCUACUUAUGAGGUAUACCAAGGAUGAGUUCGAUAACAAUACUGUUACUACAGUAGGAGUACAGUUCGCCAGGAAAAUGAUAUAAUUGGAGAAUAAAUAAAUAGUAAAGGCGCAAAUUUGGGAUACAGCUGGAUAGGAACGCUACAGAUCUAUUUCAAAUGUUUACUAUCGAGGGGCUUCUGGUGCAUUGCUAGUUUAUGACAUUACUGAUAGGAAAAGUUUUUAAAAUACAUCACUAUGGCUCAAGGAGUUGAGGCAACAUGCAGAUAAUAACUUAGUUGUCUUGCUUGUUGGCAAUAAAGUUGACUUAGUUGAAAAAAGAGAAGUGACUAAAGAAGAGGCAGCAUAAUUCGCUGAGGAUCAGCAUCUAGCUUUUGUUGAGACUUCAGCCCUAGAUGGGAAUAAUGUAGAUCUUGCUUAUGAAAGAGUGAUCAAAGAAAUUCAAAAGGUAGUGUUAGCUCAGGAGUAGCAAGAAUCACAAGAGAUAGAAAUGAAUAAGCACUAGCAAUAAAGCAAUCAAUAUUAAGACCAGGGCAUUAGGAAGAGUUAUAUUAACACAAAGAAAAAGGAAGUUAACGAUAUGAAGCUAAGCGUUAUUGGGGAAGAUACUUAUAAUCAAAAAAAGAAGAAAAAGAAUUCAAAGUGCUGCGAUUGA